CAGAAAGAGAGAAGGCGAAGUAGAGACAGGAAUAUGAACAGUCAGAAGUAGGUUACAGAGCUGAUUAUAGAAACCGGGGCAGAGACGUUGGCGUAGGCACAGCCACAAGGAGAGACAGAGGGUGGGGAACUAGCAGGGAAUAGUCAGGGGUUGCAAUGCCAGGCUUCUGGACAACGAUAUGUGGGGGGAAGCAGAAAAAGUAUCAGCCAGAACCUGAAGUGGCUGUGGAGCAGGAGGUCCAGUGUGCCAGGAGCCAUGAGACGAGAGCCUUCAAGAAGAUGGCUCUCUCCGAUGACGAAGAUGUAAGAACCAUGCUUGUGGGUACUCAGCUCUGGAAGAUUAAGCCAGGAUGGCGUCAACAAAGACUGUAUAGGCUUGAAUCUGAUGGGAUGACCAUCUGGUAUGAAAGUAAAGCAAAAAAGGCACGUUCCAAACAGAUCUUCUCUGUUUUACACAUUGAGUCUGUACGUGAAGGACGGCAAUCAGAGGGGCUUCGGAGAAAUGGCCGUCGAUUCCCAGAGAACUGCUGCUUCAGUAUUUCAUUCAUGGGAAGGAGAAAAAACUUGGACCUGGCUGCAUCUACUGAACAAGAAGCCCAGAGCUGGGUGCAAGGCCUGCGCAAACUCAUGAAGAGAGUGGUGGCAAUGAGCCAGAGGGAAAAGCUAGUUCAUUGGAUCCGGGAUUAUCUGCAUCAGGCAGACAGAGAUGGGGAUGAAAAGAUGAGUUUCCAAGAAGUGAAGGCCAUGCUGAGGAUGAUAAACAUUGAUAUGAAUGACAUGUACGCCUUCGCUCUCUUCAAGAAAUGUGAUCGUUCCAACUCAGACACCCUGGAGGACUGUGAGAUAGAAGAGUUCUGCACUCAGCUCAUGCAGCGGCCGGAGUUAAAGGAGAUAUUUCGCCAUUACUCUGGGGAGGACAGAGUACUUUCUGCAGAGGAGCUACAGGAAUUCCUACAGCACCAAGGAGAAGAAGCGACUAUGGAGAGGGCGCAGGACAUAAUACAGAAAUUUGAGCUGAAUGAGAAAGCGAAACAACAUGGCCUGAUGAUGCAAGAAGGAUUCAUGAUGUACCUCCUGUCUGCCGAGGGUGAUAUCUUCAAUACGAAACAUAGGAAAGUCUAUCAGGACAUGAGCCAGCCCCUGUGUCACUACUUCAUCUGCAGCUCCCACAACACCUACCUGACUAAUCACCAGCUUGUUGGAGACAGUAGCACCGAGUCCUAUAUUAGGGCGUUCAUGGAGGGCUGCCGUUGUGUCGAGCUAGACUGCUGGGAAGGGACGGGAGGAGAACCUGUGAUUUACCAUGGCCACACUCUGACCUCCAAGAUACUGUUUAAGGAUGUCGUCUCAACUAUAAAGCACUAUGCAUUCAAAUACUCACCGUAUCCCGUCAUCUUAUCCAUUGAGAAUCACUGUGGGUUGGAACAGCAAGUGACAAUGGCCUAUCACUUAAGGACCAUCCUCGGAGACAUGUUACUAACAGAACUAAUAAAAAAUGCUGAUCCAUCUAAACUGCCAUCCCCAGAGGAUCUGAAGGGGAAAAUUCUGGUGAAAUCAAAGAAGCUCAGUAACCGCAGACUGUCACUUGGAGAGGAUACAAGAAUGGACAUUGCACAGGAGCUCUCUGACCUGGUGGUCUAUUGCCAGUCAGUAGAGUAUCGCGACCAGCCAGGAAACGUGUGUGAGAUGAGCUCAUUCAGUGAGGACAAGGUGCGCAAAGUAAUGAAGGAAUCUGGAAAUACUUUAGUUCGGUACAAUACCCGACAACUCAGCCGCAUUUACCCUGACGGAUUGAGGGCCAACUCUUCCAACUUUAGUCCACAGGAGAUGUGGAAUGCAGGCUGCCAGCUUGUGGCUCUGAACUUCCAGACCGCAGGUUACAAGAUGGACUUGAACAGGGGGCGUUUCCUGGACAAUGGUGGCUGUGGAUACAUCCUGAAACCAGAAUUCUUGUGUAGAGAGGAUACUCUAUUUAAUCCAGAGGAUGGCAGCAGUAGAAUGAAGAUUCUGAAUGUUAGGAUCAUUUCAGCCCAGCAGCUUCCUAAACUAAACCAGGAAAAUCCAAACUCUAUCGUGGACCCAUUUGUGCGGGUGGAGAUUCACAGUUUGGGGAAAAGGAGGGAAAGUGAAACAAAUUAUAUCCUCAAUAAUGGGUUUAACCCCAUGUGGAAUGAGUCGCUACAGCUGGAGGUGUUCUGCCCGGAGCUGGCUCUCGUCAGAUUUUUGGUUGAAGAUUAUGACAAAACGUCCAGUAAUGACUUUGUGGGACAAUUCACUCUGCCAUUUCCCAGCUUGAAACAAGGGUACCGUCAUGUUCAUCUAUACUCCAAAGAUGGCGCCUCCCUUUCCCCAGCUACCCUCUUUAUACAUGUGCACAUUGAAGACCCGUGAUCAGCCGAGCAUUGGACACAUUAUCUCCUAUCCGCACCAGGAAGACCAGAGUUUGAGCCCUCCUACUACCCAACAGCAGUUGCUUUUCCCGUUUCAGCUUUCUCAAAGAAUCCAUAUUUACUGCUUGGUGCAGUCUCUUUACCCGUGCCUUUAACCUAGUAGUCUCACAAGACAUUCCUACAGCAGGGAUAUGGAUACAGGGCACAUAAGAGGCAGCCCAUAUGCACAGAGUAUACACUUCUGCACGCCGUAUACAGAGACAUAGACAUUUCAAAAACUGCAGUAAGCUGGCAGGAGAAGAGUCAAUUAUAUUUGCACAUAUUGUGCAUGUUCUUACAAAUGAAUAUUGAUCAUGCAUUAGGUAGCCACAAUUACCCAUAUUUCACCCAGAUGUGCCUGGUGAGCAGUAAUGUACAUUUUCUUAGCAAUGCCCGCCAGUUCUUGAUCCUUAGUGCCUGUGCCCUAUGUGAACACUACAGUAAUGUGCCUUCCAUGAGGACAGCUUGGCACUUACUGCCGGGGGUAUCACGCACAAGGACAGGCUGCGACAUCACAUCCCUACAAAGAGCACUUUUCAUGAAGGAAAAAUAACAUAUACUCCAGAAAUAUUUUAUUAAUAUAUUUUUUAUCUAGCAGUAUGUAGAAUUUUACCUAUUAUCAGUGCAACCUUGUAAUAAAUAUACAUGUGUAGCCCA